GAAAAAGGAAAAUGCUUUUCCUUCAGAGGGCUGAGUCUUGGAAGGAAAGGAUCAAUCCCGAAGCCCCUCGGCUCGGUCGUCGAGGUUCCCACGGAACCACACUUGGGAGCGUCUUGUAUCCAGCGGUGCAGCCCGAAACAGCGGAAGUGAGGUAUUUGCCAUCGACUUAAGCCGCGUGUUUCUCGUACUGAUCCGCAGAAAGACCGCAAGAAAGGUGACGGGCGGGAGAUAUUACCGCAGCCACCUUGGCAGGACCCCCGCCCACAGCUCUCAGGUUUCAGGGACGCAGAUGGUUCGGUUCCUAUAGUCCGCUACUACCGGAAACGGAACGCCUCGGGCAGGCUGGCGAUUGGACGCGGGGCCGGAAGCGGAAGCUGAAGGUUGCGUGUGGAGGUUCGCGGUAUGGCUGAGGCGGUGGGUGCUGCGGCCGAGUCUCUGCCGGGAGACCGGGCGCGUGCGGCGCGCACCGUGCUGGAUCAGGUGGUGCUCCCGGGUGAGGAGCUGCUGCUGCCGGAGCAGGAGGACGCUGAAGGCCCAGGGGGUCCUGGGGAGCGACCGCUGCGCCUGAAUGCGGGGACGCGCUCCCGGGGGCGCGUCGUGUGCGGCCCGGGCCUGCGGCGCUGUGGCGACCGCCUGCUGGUCACCAAGUGCGGCCGCCUCCGUCACAAGGAGCCCGGCGGCGGCAGCGGCGGUGGCGUUUACUGGGUGGACUCACAGCAGAAACGGUAUGUCCCCGUGAAAGGAGACCAUGUGAUCGGCAUAGUGACAGCUAAGUCUGGAGAUAUUUUCAAAGUUGAUGUUGGAGGGAGUGAGCCAGCUUCUUUGUCUUACUUGGCAUUUGAAGGUGCAACUAAAAGAAACAGACCAAAUGUGCAGAUUGGAGAUCUCAUCUAUGGCCAGUUUGUGGUUGCUAAUAAAGAUAUGGAACCAGAGAUGGUCUGCAUUGACAGCUGUGGACGAGCCAGUGGAAUGGGUGUGAUUGGACAGGACGGUCUGCUUUUUAAAGUGACUUUGGGCUUAAUUAGAAAGCUCUUGGCUCCAGACUGUGAAAUCCUACAGGAAGUGGGAAAACUCUACCCACUCGAGAUAGUAUUUGGGAUGAAUGGAAGAAUAUGGGUUAAGGCAAAGACCAUUCAGCAGACCUUAAUUUUGGCAAACAUUUUAGAAGCUUGUGAACACAUGACAGCAGAUCAAAGAAAACAGAUCUUCUCCAGAUUGGCAGAAAGUUAGAUGGAAUUUUUUCAUGGGUCAGUUGACCCAAGAGACUAUGGGUUUCCUGGGGAAAAGUUUUUCAGGGGACUCUCUCCCCAUUAAACUUUCAGAAGACAAAAUGUGAAUGUACAUAUUGUCUUAUCAAAGUCCUAAAUAUUUUUAUAAAAAUGUUACUAGUUGCCACCCAUGUUCUUGUGGGUGAGAAAAAUCAUUAUAAAAUAAUGAUGUAUUUUUUCUUUACAAUAAAGUUUACUAAAAGUAUGAUCAUUUAUUUGGCAUUAACUCCUCUAGUUUUGCCCAAGGGCAGCUUUUAUAAUAAACCAAAGUAAGUGUUAAAAUAACAAUUAUU